GCUUGAAUAUAUAACUAGCAAAAAACAGAAAGAGAACUAUGUCGGCGGUGGCCUAUGAGCUGCUGUCCACAACGGCGGUGAUCAGCACCGUAUUUCAGUUUCUGUCCGGCGCCAUGAUAUGCCGCAAGUACAUACAGAAGAAGAGCACUGGCGACUCUUCCGGAGUUCCAUUCAUUUGCGGCUUCUUAUCCUGUAGCUUUUGGCUGCGUUACGGCGUUCUAACCGAAGAGCAGAGCAUUGUUUUGGUCAACAUAAUUGGAUCAACACUCUUUCUGAUAUACACGCUGAUCUACUAUGUCUUCACUGUGAACAAACGUGCCUUCGUUAGGCAAUUUGCAUUCGUUCUUUCCGUACUGAUUGCGGUCGUCGUAUAUACCAAUCGACUGGCAGACCAGCGCGACGAAAUGAUACGCAUUACAGGAAUUUUCUGCUGUAUUGUCACCGUGUGUUUCUUUGCUGCCCCCCUGGCUACUCUGCUGCACGUCAUUCGGGCGAAAAACUCUGAGAGCCUACCACUGCCCCUUAUAGCCACAUCCUUCUUGGUCAGCCUGCAGUGGCUAAUCUACGGCAUUCUCAUAUCGGACUCGUUUAUCCAGAUACCCAACUUUCUCGGCUGCCUCUUGUCCAUGCUGCAGCUGAGUCUGUUCGUGGUGUACCCGCCACGCAGUUACUCUGGGCAGGGCUAUAAGCUAGUCGAGCAGGCUGUGCCAUUUUAGAGACUAAGUGGAUGUGGGUUAUAUGGAAAUGCGCCUCUGGCAUAAGAGCACGUCUCAUGCAGGAUAUAUGUAUGUAUAUUUUAAUAUACGAGAAGUAUAGCGGGGCGGAUAUGCUGCUUGCUUAUUUACUAUAGACAUAUGUACGUAAUAGUGAUUGUAUAUUUUAAAGUAUUUAUUAAAUUAUUUGUCUCAAAA